AUGGUAUCCGCCCUUGUCGCUCGCUUCCAAACCGCCGCCAAUCGCGACCAAGAAGCCGCCACCCGCGAUACAUCCCGCCGAACGAGUCUUGGCCCCACCGCGCCUGUUGGCCUUACGAGUCCCAUCCUCUCCGCCGCAGGUGGGGCGGGGGGUGUCUCGGGGCUUCCAGGAGGAGGGCUGGGGGGUUUCGGGAGGGCAAGUGAGAAUGGGGGAAAGGUUGCUGGGAGUUCGGAGAGGGAAGAGGCGCCUGGUGCUGCUUCGGUCGCUCCAUCGCCAAGUCUAGCGAAAGUACCUUUGCCUGCCAAACCUGCCGAGAGAGAAACGACCAUCCCUACCCCCUCCCCUGCCGAGAAGCCCACCCGCCCUCGCGAUUCUACCCCUGCCUCGUCGCCCGCUCCUGCCCAGUCUACUCCAUCCUCGAAACCCUCCGCCCUCGGACGCAGCCAAAGCGUCAAACAACCCUCCACCUCUACCAAACGCCUCACCCCCUCUCAUACCGGCGCUACAUCACGCACUGUCUCUUCCCCUGCUUCUCAUCUCCUCUCGCCCCCGCAAAAGCCUCGAGACCGAGACAAAUCGACGAGCCCGGCGCCGCUCAACCCUCAGCUUACGGGCACGCCGUCCAAGCCUACGGCGAGCUUCUUGGCCAAGGCCAGGUCUCCGCCGACGAGGGCAGCUUCGGCGAUAGGAGUGGAGGGGAGGAAGAGCUCGUUGGGGUCGAGGGAGGGGGUCAAGUCGCCGACGAGUCCUCUUGGGCGUUCGAGUGGGGCAGCGGUGAGGCCGAGGACGAGCGCUUCCAAUCAUUCGACCGCUGGUGCUGUCAAGUCGCCGGAGGGGACGGAGGAGAGGGAGAAGAAGAGCUCGGUGGGGAGUAGCUCGGGGUCGAGGUUGAUGCAGGGGACGGCGGCGAGCAGGGCGAGGGCGGCUGCAAAUGCUGCUAGUGCUUCGCCUCCUUCGAAAGUCAAGUCUCCUCCGGCAAAGGCGAGGCCGAGAGUGUCCAACGGCAAUCCCCCUUCCGAUCUUUCUCCCAAAGACGCCACAUCUGCCGCCAAGUCUUCAGCCACACGACCUUCCCUGUCGACCUCUGCUUCUGCUUCUGCUUCUACGACGGCGAGAGGGGAAAGUGCAGAUAAGCCGAAGGCUACGCAGGCGCCAAAUCGCAUGAUGCCCAAGCCGAGAUUAGGCUUGGCGGCUGCUAGGGAGAGGAAGAGAAGCGAUGAGGAUGGGGAUGGAAGGAAGCCGGGAGGGAAGAAGGAGGAGGAAGGACGAGGUCCGGUCAGCAACUCUAACGACAGCCACGGAGACAAGCGCCCAGUAUCUCCAUCUCCCCCACCAUCAUCCCCUGCCAAGAUUCCGUCCACCAGUGCACCUACUCCUCCCACCUCGUCGCCACAAGCAGAUGUCUCGCUGACCAAGAUAGUCGGAGACGGGAACGAAGAAUUGGGCGAGAAGGACGGGGAGGUUAACGUCGGGGUGGAUAAUGGGGAGCAGGGUGAUGCGAGAGUUGGGGGAGGGUUCAAUGAGGAUCACAAAGAACAGGGCGCACUUUAUGAAGAGAAGGAUGGGGGUGAAGACGGGGAGGAAGAUCUUGAUGAAAUCCCGGAUAUUUAG